AUGAUAGGCAAGGCGAAUGAGGCAUCAGUUAACAUCGAAGAGUUGGAUUGUGAAGCUUUGAUUGAUCCUGGAUCCAUGGUCUCCACUGUAUCGGAAGGAUAUCACAAGUCAAGUCUAAGUCACCUCCCGUUGAAGGCACUCACUGACUUUGAAGUGGAAGUAAUGGCAGCAGGCGAUAACAUCCUUCCCUACACCGGAUACAUAGAGGCUAACAUCUACAUCCCUUUUAUCAACAAGAACUUCACACUACCACUACUUGUAACUGGUGACACGGAGUACAACAGAAGAGUCCCUUUGGUAAUCGGCACCAACCUUAUAGAUCAGGUAGAAGCUUACUUGGAACCAGUCAACAGCAGCAUCCCUCCUUCAUGGGUUACAGCUGUCCGGUCCCAAGCCUCUAAUGGAAUCAUCGGUCAAGUAAGAUCCACAAAUAAGUUCCCUAUUAAUGUUCAGCCAAACCAGAUGAUGACUGUUUAUGGACUUGUUCGACAUCAACCCGGAAGAACAACAGCAGUUACCGAGCACUUCGACUUGGAUUCUGAUCUACAGACAGGACUUUCGGUAUGCCCAAGGCUUGUAGAUAUUGGAAAACAUGGUGUAGAAGCCCGUGCUUUUGGUGGUGAGCCAAAUACGGGUAGCACGUACAACUCCCUAUAUCAGACAGUGGAGAAGCAGCCUUCUGAUGGAAAGAUAGAGAAAUAA